AUGGACGGCUUGAAGUUAUUCACAAAAAGUGAGGCAGAAAUGGACAGCCUUGUCCGUUCUGUGCAGAUAUUCUCCAAUGAUAUUAAGAUAGAGUUUGGACUCUCAAAAUGUGUUACGAUGGGGAUGAGACGAGGAAAGCUUGUCAGGACAGAAGGUGUAGUGUUACCAAGUGGUGAAAUCAAGAUUCUUUGGUUCGAGCAGCAACAGAUCAGAAAGCGGGCCAAACGAAGUUCAGAGGUUUUGCAACUUUACAGGAAAGACGCCUUUUCAGACACUCUUUGGAGCGAAGAAUGGUAUUUGAGAAACCCCAGAUCUUUAAAAGACGCCGAUCUCUUAGUUCUUCCAUGCUGGGCUCAGAACAUUACUGGAAAUGGUAUCGUAGUCACGGUCUUGGACGAUGGGAUAGAAUGGAUGCAUGAUGAUCUAAGGAAAAAUUAUGACCCUAAAGCCAGUGUUGAUUUGAACGAUAACGACGAGGACCCAAGACCACGUUAUGAUCCAUCCAAUGAAAACAAGCACGGAACACGGUGUGCUGGCGAGAUUGCCAUGACAGCAAACAACAAUAUAUGCGGUGUUGGUAUUGCUUUCAAUUCCAAGAUUGGCGGUGUUCGGAUGCUUGACGGUCCAAUAACUGAUUCUCUGGAAGCCAGAGCGUUAGGCUUCAAUCACAAGUACAUCGACAUCUACAGUGCCAGCUGGGGACCCCUCGAUAAUGGUAUGACCCUUGAUGGACCAGGAACACUGUCCAGGAAAGCUAUGGAACUUUCUAUUAAAGAGGGACGUGAUGGCAAAGGAGUGCUGUACGUUUGGGCUUCCGGUAAUGGCGGCAAUCGUGACAACUGUAACUGUGAUGGGUAUGCCUCAAGUAUUUACACCAUCUCAAUCAGCAGCAUUACCAGUACAAUGAUGAAACCUUGGUACGUUGAGUAUUGCGCAUCGACUAUGGCAUCGACAUUCUCCGGUGGUCUUACAUUGUCCGAAGGAAAAGUGGUAAGAUAUUUAUGUAUUAUUUUGAACACUGAAAAUACUGUGAGCUCAUAUUUGUGUUCAUGGUCAUCAAAGCCAACAAAUUGUUUCGACUUAUGAAGAUUAUUUGAUUAAUAAACAA